GUGGCGUGGGCCUUAUUACUUAUUUAGGGCCACUUGAUCAGGAGGAGAAUGCUUUUCUGUAAACAUGAAUCACCUGCCUCUUGCACUGGCUUGGGCUUCUGGUUUCGCCUAACUGAAGCAUUGCUCUUCGCCUAUUUUGCUUCCAUAUGGUCAGCUGACUCGCAGGGCCUUUUUCCAAGGCUAGAGAAUGUGGGAGCCUUCAAGAAUGUGUCCAUUGUACCAAGCCAGGCAACCUAUGGGAUCCUGAAUAGAAGCAUGUUCUGUCAUGGCUCUGCUGCUGUGGGAAGUAACCGGUUCUGCACCCAGAGCAUUUGUGUUCAGCAUUGUCCAGUCAGGUCCUCACCCCCAGCCUACACUGUCCUCUUCUUCCUGGACCUUGGGAGCUGCCUCUCCGUACAUGAGAAUGAUCUGCCUCCCAGCUGUCAUAGCCGUUCUAGCAGUUUUAUUUUUGGAAAUCACAAGAAUUGCUUUUCUUCUCCUUCUGCAAGGCUGGCGGCAUCAUUUACUAUGGCCGUGCGGCUGAAACCUGAGCAAGGAGGUGUAACGUAUGUCAUAGAAAAGACAGUGGAUGGGCAGACGGUGUUCAAACUCACAUUAUCCGAGAAAGAGACCAUGUUUCAUUAUCGCACGGUAGAUGGUUUGCAGCCUCCAAUAAAAAUAAUGACACUGGGGAGAAUUCUUGUGAAGAGAUGGAUUCAUCUCAGUGUGCAGGUGCAUCAGACAAAAACCAGUUUCUUCAUCAAUGGUUUGGAAGAGGAUAACACAGAUUUUUAUACCAGAAUUCUAAGUGGUCCAAUUACAGAUUUGACCUCUGGUCCUUUGCAAAUAGGACAGAAUUUAAAUGGGUUAGAGCAGUUUGUUGGAAGGAUGCAAGACUUUCGAUUUUACCAAGUAGCACUUACAAACAGGGAGAUUCUGGAAGUGCUCUCUGGAGAUCUGACUAGGCUGUAUGUCCAACUACACUGCUGCAGCCCAGGCAGCCACCCUCAGAUCCAUCCCCAGGCUCAGUGGCUCUGCAGCCCUAAUGAUGCCGAAGACAUGGCUUGGGACAGGGUGUCAUGGCUGAAUCUUGAAGCCUAUCUUCUUUCUUUUGUAAAUAACGAUGUUGCUACUUCGUGGGUUUCACGUGUGUUCAGAAAUAAUACCCAGCUUAAUCCAGGAGUGACCAUUUCAAUAGAUAUGGAAAGUGGACAAUAUCAGGUGUUUUAUAUUAUCAUUCAGCUUUUUACUCCACAACCAACAGCAAUAAGGAUUCAGAGGAAGAAGGAGAACAACCUGGAUUGGGAGCUUUGGCAGUAUUUUGCUAGGAACUGCAGUGCUUUGGGAAUGAAAAACAGUGGAGACUCGGAAAAUCCUGAUUCUGUCAACUGUCUUCAGCUUUCCAAGUUUACUACCUAUUCCCAUGGUAACAUCACAUUCAGCAUCCUAACACCCAGACCGAGCCAUCAUCCUGGGUACAGUGACUUCUGUAAUACCCUGUCUCCUCAAAAGUUUGUGAAAGCCACACAAAUAAGACUUUAUUUCCAUGGUCAAUACUGUACCACUGACAGUCCUGUCACGCACAGGUACUAUGCGUUCGAUAAAAUCACCUUCACAGAGAGAUGUCAGUGCCACAGUCAUGCCGAGAUCUGUGACACCACCAGCCAGCUGUAUCGAUGCCUCUGUGCUCAGCAGGCCUUCACAGGAGCCCUGCAUUGUGAUCGCUGUUUGCCUCUUUGUCGAGACAAAACUUUUGGCCCGGGUGAUCAAGUCCACACUUUCAGCUGUAAACCUUGUCAAUGCCAUAGCCACACCAGACGCUGCCAUGAUGAUAUCUACCUGGACCCUUUUUCCGCUGAGCACCACGGAGCGGGCAGCAGUGUCUGUGACGACUGUGAGCACAGUAUGACAGGAUGGAAAUUUGAGCUGUGUGAGAAAUACUUUUUCCAACAAGUUGGUGCAGAUCCUUCAGCCAUGGAUGUUUGCAAAUCCUGUGAUUGUGAUAAAGUUGGCACUAGAAACAGUUUCUUUUGUGAUCAGAUUGGAGGCCAGUGUAAUUGUAAGAGACAUGUGUCUGGCAGACAGUGCAAUCAGUGCCAGGAUGGAUUCUACAAUCUGCAAGGGCUGGAUCCUGAUGGCUGGCGGUCCUGCGAUUGUAAUACCUCUGGGAUGGUGGAUGGAGCUAUUACCUGUCACCCAAAUUCAGGCCAGCACAAGUGCAAAGCCAACGUCAUUGGACUUAGAUGUGAUCUUUGCAAUUUUGGAUUUAAAUUUCUCCAAAGUUUUAAUGAUGAACAUCGUGGACCCUGCCAUUGUAACCUCCAUGGCUCGGUGGACAAACUCUGCAAUGUUCUUUCUAGCCAGUGCAAGUGCAAAAAGGAAGCCAGAGGACUUCACUGUGACACUUACAGAGAACACUUGUAUGGCCCAGAUGUCACCAGGUGUAAGGCCUAUGACAGUGAUGCAGCAGGAUCCCUCCCUGGGAGUAUCUGUGAUGGCAGGACUGGGCAGUUCACCUGCCAGCCCGAUGUAGGAGGAAGAUAGUGCAAUGCAUAUUUGGAAGAAUACUUUUACCUGCAACAAAGCAAGUCUUUCUUCUCUUUGCUUUGUAACUGUGCUAAGGCUGGGACCAUCAGCAACUCUUUGCUGUAUGACACAUCAAUGAGACAGUGUUCUUGCAAAUUAGGAGUCCCAGGUCCUCUCUGUGAUCAGUUUGAGCCUCACAGGUACAGUUUGACCACUGGCAUUUUCCAAGACUUCCAGGUGUGUGAGUGUGACUCCUUGGGGACAUAUCCUGGGGCCAUCUGUGACCCAGUCAGUGGCCAGUGUCCAUGUCUGCCUAAUUGUCAAGGAAGAAGGUGUGAUGAUCAGUGUCAACCAGGUUUUUAUAUUUCUCCCGGCAAUGCCACCGGCUGCCUGACAUGUUCAUGCCAGAGCACUGGGACAGCGCGUCCCAUCUGCAAUAGUCUGACCAGCCAGCGCCUUUACCAAGAUGCUUCUGUCGCAGAGCAGAGUUGGGACCAUUGUAAAGCCCUUUACUUUGGAUGUGAUCCUCAGACUGGAAGAUGUCAGUCUUGUACAUGUCAUCUCUCAGGAGCCUUGAAUGAAACCUGUCACGUGGUCAUGGACCAGUGUUUCUGUAAACGAUUUGUCACUGGCACAAAAUGCAAUACUUGUGUUUCCAGUGCAAGCCAUUUGGAUGCCAACCAUCUAAGGGGCUGCAGCAAAACUCCAUCCCAGCAACCUCCACCCAGAGGACAAUUUCAAAGUUCUUCGGCUAUCAAUCUCUCUUGGAGCCCACCUGGUUCUCCAAAUGCCCACUGGCUUACAUACAGCUUAUUCAGGGAUGGUUUUGAAAGCUACACAACUGGGGAUCAAUACCCAUACGAUGUUCAGCGCUUCUCAAAUACGGCCCUGUCUCAAAUACGGCCAUAUACAUCCUACUCCAAUGACAUCGAGACCACCAGUGUGCAUGGUUCAACAAGGAGUGCAAUUGUCUCCUACAUGAUAAGUCCGAGAAUUCCAGAGGAAUGCUCAAACCUCAGUUCUCUUAUUCCUGUUGGUUCAGACUCUGUCACGCUUAUCGGGACCUCACCCUCCAAUCUUUCUGGAUCUAUGGAGAGAGAUGUUUUGUCCUGUGCUCCUGUAGUUAGUGCCCACCCAUGUGCUCCCCAUGAAGCUCAUGAAACUUUGGCCACCAUCUGGAAUCUGGUUCCAUUCACAAAGUACCAUUUUUCUCUCCCGACCUGUCCAAGUGGGGACUGUCUACUCAGUUUGCUCCUCACUGUAGCCACCACUCAGGCAUCUCCCCAAGGACUGAAUCCCCACGAGGUGCACAAGAUCAGUUCCAAGGAGCUUGACUUGGAAUGGUCUCCACCAAGGGAACAAAAUGGAGAAAUUCUUAGAUACGAAGUAAACAUGAAAAGAUUGAGAGCAAAUGGAGAAGACACCUCAGCAGAAUGUCGACUUUUUCAGAGCAGCAGCUGGGUCAGUGCUCAUCCAGCUGCAGAAUCAGCCAGUGAAAAUGCAUUAAAGUUUCUGCUGACCUCCACGACCAUCCCUGGAGUGACACCCUACACCCACUACCAGCUUAGAGUACUGGCUAUCAACAUUGCUGGCAGUGUGGCUUCUACCUGGACUGCAGAAAGAACAGGAGAAUCAGCACCUGUGCUCAUGACCCCUUCUUCAGUCUUCCCUCUCUCCGCACACUCCCUCAACAUAUCCUGGGAGAAGCCAGAGGAUAAUGUCACAAGAGGAAAAGCCAUGGGGUAUGACAUCAGCAUGAUGUCUGAAGAGUCACUGCAAAAGUCAAGCCUGGUGUUGUCUUCACAGAUACCGUACCAGGCUAAAUCCCAAGAACGAUCUUAUAUUGUGGAAGGACUGAAACCUUAUAGGGCCUACAGCUUCACCGUUUCUCUCUGUAACUCAGUUGGAUGUAUAACCAGUUCUUCUGGAGCAGGAAAGACAUUGGAAGCAGCACAUGCCCACCUGAGGCCCACUCUGGUUGAUGGCUUCAGCAGCAUGACCAUCAAGAUCAGAUGGCUUGCCCCCAAAGAAUUGAAUAGACCCUCUCCUCUGUGUCUGCUGGAAAGGAGAGAGAGAUCUCUAACAGCUCCCAGGGCCACCAUGAUGAAACAAGCCUGUUUCGUAGGAAAAGGAUAUUAUGAAUUUCCCAGCACUACCCACCCCAUCAACACACUCUUUACUGGCAUCAAGGCCAACUUUCGGGCAAAGCUGCCUGAAGGUUUGCUUAUCUUUGUGGCAUCACCUGACCAUCAGAAAGAUGAUUUUGAACUUCAGUUGAAGAAUGAACAUCCUUAUUUUCUCUUUGAUCCUCAGGUGUCGUCAGUAGAAGUUACCACAACCAAUGAUGAUGGUGAAAAAUUUGAUGAUGGCAAAAGGCAUGAAAUAAUUGCUAUUAGGCAUCAAGCUUUUGGCCAAAUCACCCUUGAUGGGAUGCAUACAGUGAAAAUUCUCACCUCUUUCUCUGUGGGUUCCUUGGUCGCCCUGAAUGGCAGCAUGAUGAUUGGAGAGAACUCAGAGGUGUUUGUGGGAAGGCUUCCCAGGGCUAUGCUGUCCUCAGGAAGGAAGGAGCCCAAAAUCAUCCAAAAGGCUUUUGUGGACUGUCUCAAGGAUGUGUCUUUUCUGAAGAAUUACAAUCCCUCUGCUUUGUGGGAGCCUCUGGUUUGGCAGAAUUCUGAAAAGCAAACCAACAUAUAUAACAACAGGGAGGGAUAUCCCUCCUCAUUAUAUGAGGGAGUCCAGUUCCUUGGAACAGGGAUCCUGGAACUUCCUCCAAACUUGUUUCAUGGAGGAAUGAACUUUGAGAUUUCCUUUAAUUUCAGAACUGACCAAUUGAAUGGAUUGCUGCUUUUUGUCUACAAUAAAGAUGGACCAGGCUUUCUUGCCAUAGAACUGAAGAGUGAAAGACUGAGCUUCUGGUUAAGCGACAGUCUUACCUUCAUACAAGCAGCUCUAUGCCUGAGGCCAUGCUAUUGUGCUGGAGAGGGGAACACAGUCAUCAUUCAAAAGGAAGUCUCCGUCCUGUCUGUGUGCAUGAAUGACCUGAUAGAAGGUGCAUCCCAAUUCCGGGCACAACCACUGAACAUGAGCACCCUUGUCUACCUGGGUGAGGCCCCAACGCACCUGCAGGAUACCUGUAGACUCCUACAUUUGGAACAAGGUUUCAGCGAUUGCAUAAAGGAUGUGAAAUUUGCACAGGGUGCUGCCAUCCACUUGGCAUCUGUGUCCAGCAGUGCUGUCAGAGUCAAUCUGGAUGGAUGCCUGUCAACUGACAGCAUGGUUAACUGCAGAGGAAAUGACUCCAUCCUGGUUUACCUGGGGACAGAAGAGCAUGCUUAUGAGAGUAGGCUCCAUCCCUUUUAAGAAUCCCUGCAUUGAGUGAUAGCCUCCCACCAAGGAGGGUCAGCCCACAGUGAUUGGAACCAAGUGUGCACACCAGGAACCUCUGCUCAAAGUGUACCAACUCCCUCAGAAGUCCACAGCUUGAAUGGAUAUAGCAUGGAGGUGACCUGGGAUGAAUCUGCCAUGGUCAGAGGUGUGGUUAAGAAGCACAUCCUGAGAGCUUACAUUCAAGACCACCCCUGGCUGCCCCAUGUGCCAGUCACCACCUCUGAAUUUGUCGACGCCAGCACCCAUACAGGAAUAUUGACAGGCUGGCUGCCCUUCAGAAGCUAUGCCAUAACCCUAACUGCUUGCACUCUGGCUGGCUGCACUGGGAGCACACAGGCACUGAGCAUCUCUACUCCACAAGAAGCUCCACAAGAGCUUCUGCCACCAGUAGCCAAAUCCCUGCCCAAUUUGUUGUUACUCACCUGGAAUCCACCCAAUAAAGCAAAUGGUAUUAUAACUUGGUACUCUUUAUAUAUGGAUGGGAGGCUAAUCUAUUCAGGCAGUGGAAUGAACCAGACAGUCACAGAUGUGGCAGUGUUUAGAGGCCACCAGUUUCUGCUCAGGGCUUAUACAUAUGUGGGAUGUACAAACAGAUCCCUGGUCACACUGCACACAGCACAGCUGCCACCAGAACAUGUGGAUUCUCCGAAGCUGACAGUUCUGGAUUCCACGACUGUCUACAUACAGUGGAAGCAACUAAGAAAAGUAAAUGGAAUUCUGGAGUGCUGCAUAUUAUAUAUUUCAAAUCACACACAUGAUUUUAUAAUUUGGGAUGUUAUCUAUAACAGUACUGAACUUUUUGAGGCUCAUGUGCUGCGAUAUCUUUUCCCUGACAAUAAACACCUCAUCAAACUGGGCGCUUGCACAGGGGAUGGGUGUACAGUGAGUGAGGCCAGUGAAGCCCAGACUGAGGAGAGUGAGCCCGAAGGCAUGCCAGCCCCCAAGGCACACGCAUAUUCACCCCACUCCUUCAACAUCUUCUGGACUGAGCCUGAAUAUCCAAAUGGUGUUAUCACUAGUUAUGGACUCUGUCUAAAUGGCAUAUUAGUUCACAAUUCCUUCAAACUCAGAUGCCAUGUUUCUGGAUUUGCUGCUUGGGGUUUACAUUCCUUCAGAGUCCACACCUACACGGCUAGAGGUUGUGCUUUGGGCCUGCAGGUGGAAAAUCGAAUUCUAGAAGCCCCUCCUGAAGAAGGAGUAAAUGGCUUUGUUAAAACAGGGGGACCUGGGAAGGCCCACGUGAGGUGGGAAGCCCCUUCUCACCUCAGUGGACACUUACUCGACUCCAUUAUUUUUACUUGGAUUUUCUCUGCAGAUCAAGCAUACAAUAACCACACUCUUCUGAGUGGCUCACAAAUCAUACACAGUGAUGAUGAGAGCAAACUUUGUGUGCCCAUAGAUGGCUUAGAUACUUUUACUAACUACACAGUACAAAUAGAGGCUUCAAACAGCCAGCAGCUAACAGAUGAUCCCAUAGCUAUUACAAUGCCAUCUGGGGCUCCAGAUGGUGCGCUGCCUCCCAGGCUCUCAUCUGCCGCGCCAGCCAGUCUUCAGGUUGUCUGGUCUACACCAGCUCUCAACGACGCCCCUGGCUUUCCCAGGGACCAGUUUCAGAUGAGGCCUAGCCACCCCACCAGAGGAUUUCUAGAGUUAUUUUCUAAUCCUUCUGCAUCGUUAAGCUGUGAAGUGAGAGAGCACCAACCGUGCACAGAGCAUGAGUUCUGCCUGGUGGCCUCCAAUGGAUUCAGAAGUGCGAGUAGCCUUUGGGUCCCAUUCAUGACCAUAGAGCACAGACCUGGACCCAUAGACCUACCUGUUCUUCUAGACAUGAAGUCAAGACUGAUGUUGGUGACCAAGCAGCACCCUUUGCAGUGCAUUGGGGUUAUUACCCAUUAUAACAUUUACCAACAAGGUGGUCUCCACUUGAAAACUUCUGGAAAUGUCACCAACUGCAUGGUAACCCAGUUAUGUCCACACACUGCCUAUGAGUUUCAGGUUGAGGCCGAUACUGCAAAAGGGUAUUCCCUGUCCCCAGAGUCCCAGACUGUGUGGACACUGCCAGCUGCACCAGAAGGCAUCCCAGCUCCAGAGCUGUUCUCAGAUACCCCCACAUCUGUGAUUCUAUCUUGGCAAUCCCCCACCCACCCCAACGGCUUGGUGGAAAAGUUCGCAAUUGAGAGAAGAGUCCAAGGGAAGGCGGAAGUGACUAUGCUGACGACACUCCCAAGAAGUCAUCCCAUGAGGUUUAUUGACAAGACCAGUGAUCUCAGCAUGUGGACCAUAUGCAAACACAGAGUACUGCUAAGCACCCUCAGUGGAAGUACAAACAGCAGGGCUUGGGCAGAAGUGACCACGAGACCUUCGAGACCUGCUGGGGUCCAGCCACUCUCAAUGCAAUUGCUGGGGCCAGAGUCAGCCAAGGUCACUUGGAAUCCACCACUCAUUCAGAAUGGAGACAUGCUUAGCUACGAGAUCUGCAUGCCUGACCCUCAUGUGAUGAUAACCAGUGCUAAUGCUACUUCUUCCAUGUUCAGUCAUGUGAUCAUGCAUUUGAAGCCUUUCAUGAAUUAUUCGGUCACUAUUGUGUCUUGCUCAGGGGAGAACAGGUAUCUGGGAGGAUGCACAGAGAGUUUAUCUGCCCAUAUCACUACCGAGCCCGCCCUGCCCCAGGAUGUCAGCCCCUUGCUGGUGAUCCCGAUAAGUGAAUCCUACAUUGGGAUUUCUUGGCAACCCCCAUUAAGGCCAAAAGGACCCAAUCUAAGAUGUGAGCUUCUGAGAUGUAAAAUCCAGCAACCACUUGCAUCAAAUCCCCCAGAAGAUUUAAAUCUGUGGCACAAUAUUUAUUCAGGAACUCUGUGGUUUUAUGAAGAUAAGGGUCUUAGCAGAUUUACAACAUAUGAGUGCAAGGUGUUUGUACAUAGCAAUGUGGGCUUCACACCAACUCCAGAUGCGAGUGUGACAACGUUGUUGGGUCUUUCCAAGAGAGGAGCCAACCUCAUGGCCAGUGUUCUCUACCACAGUGCCAUAGGCAAGAGAUGGCCUAGAACAACUUUUCAAGACCUACAAGAUGAUGUUGAAUAUUACACACUUUUUUGGAAUUCUGUUACCUCAAAUGAAUCUCUCAAAAUCCUCCCAGAUGUAAACUCUCAUGUCAUUGGCCACUUAAAUCCAAACACAGAGUAUCGGAUUUUUAUCUCUGCAUUCAAUGGAGUUCACAGCAUCAACAGAGAAGUACUUCAAGCAAGCACUUAUGAUGGGGAGCCUCAGGGCAUGCUUCCUCCAGAGGUUGUCAUCAUCAACAGUACAGCUGUACGUGUCAUCUGGACAUCUCCUUCAAACCCAAAUGGUGUUGUCACUGAAUAUUCUGUCUAUGUAAAUAAUAAGCUCUACAAGACUGGAAUGAAUGUGCCUGGGCCUUUCACUCAGAGAGACCUGUCUCCCUUCACUAUCUAUGACAUUCAGGGUGAAGUCUGCACAAAAUAUGCCUGUGUGAGAAGCAAUGGAACACAAAUCAGCACUGUGGAAGACAUGCCAAGCGGAGUGCCAACGCCCACAAUUGGUGGCAUCACUUCAAGGCCCCUUCUCAUUGAUUGGCUGUCUCCAGGGAAGUCAAAUGGCAUCAUUCUGGGAUAUGAUCUCUUUUGGAAAACAUGGUGUUCAUGCCCCAAAACCCAGAAGUUAAUGAGGGACUGUGGUGGUGAGCUCUGCCAAGUAGUCACAUGUCAAAAGCCUGAGACUGUCUGUGGACACAGGUGCUAUUCUGAACUAAGUAAGCUUUGUUGUAAUGGAGAUCUCUAUGACUCCCAAUCUGGAUGCCACUGUUGUGAAGACAAGUAUAUCCCAUUUGUUUCUAAAUCACCUGGAUCUUGUGGUGGUGGCCAAAUACAAGAGGCACAGCCAAAUCAUCACUGUUGCUCUGCGUAUUAUAUUAGAAACCUACCAGGUGAAGUAUGCUGUCCAGAUGAACAACAUAAUCGGGUUUCCACUGGCAUCAGCGAUUCCUGCUGUGGCCGAAUGCCGUUCUCCUCCUCAGGAAACCAGAUUUGCUGUGCUGGGAGGCUCCACGAUGGCCAUCGCCAGCAGUGCUGUAGUGGACAGAUUGUGAACAAAGAUUUGGAGUGCUGUGGUGGAGAACAAGAGAGUGUGGUAUACAGGCAUCUUCCAGGGAUGUUCUGUUGUGGGCAGGAUUAUGUGAAUAUGUCAGAUACCAUAUGCUGCUCAGCUUCCAGUGGAGAGUCUAAAGCACAUGUUAAAAAGAAUGACCCAAUGCCAGUAAAAUGCUGUGAGACCGAGCUCAUUCCAGAGAGCCAGAGAUGCUGUAAUGGAGUUGGAUAUAAUCCUUUGAAAUAUGUUUGCUCUGACAAGAUUUCAACUGGAAUGAUGAUGAAGGAGACCAGAGUGCGUGGGACUGUCUGCUCAGCCUCUACGCCAGGCACAGAACACUGCAGCAGGUGCGGCUUCCACGUUACCAGCCACUUCUGUGCUAUGAGAAGGGAGCCUGGAAAUUCCACAGGGAAGGCGUCAAUCGAAGAAAUGUGCUCAUCUGCCGAAGAGACUCUUUGUGCUGGAAGUGCAGACACGUUCUCCUUUGCAGAUGUGAACCUGGAGCCCUACACAACAUAUGAGUAUAGCGUCUCUGUGUGGAAUAGCCAUGGACAAGGGCUUAGCAAAGCCAUAAGGGCCAGCACAAAAGAAGAAAUGCCUCAGGGAGUGAGCCCCCCCUGGAAGACCAAAGUGAAUAAUUGUGAAGAUGCAAUAGUGAUAAAUUGGAGGAAACCUAUACGAUCAAAGGGUCCUGUUAUUUACUAUAUUCUUCUCCGAAAUGGAAUCAAAUGUUACCGCGGGACAUCACUGAGCUUCUCUGAUACAAAGAGAAUUCAGUCUUCUCAGGAAUAUUCAUACCAGCUGAAAACUUGCAUAGUUGUUGGCUGUGCCACCAACAGCAAGGUAGUGGCAGCUACCAGCCCAGGGGUUCCACAGAGCAUCCUGCCCCCAAGGGUCACAGCCCCCAAGGCGGAGCCCCUGCCUCUGAGCUGGAGCAUCCCUGAGAAGCCCAGCGGCGGCGUUACUGAGCACCUGCUCAGGCAGGCAGGGAAAGGGCUCCUCCACACCAACACCACACAGGGGAGGCAGCACACGGUCACAGGUCUCCAGCCAUUCACCAACUACAGCUUCACUCUUACAGCUUGUACAUCUGCUGGAUGUGCUUCAAGCGAGCCUUUUCUAGGUCAGACACUGCAGGCAGCCCCUCAAGGAGUUUGGAUGACGCCCAGACACAUCAUCAUCAAUUCUACAACAGCGGAGUUACAUUGGAGUCCGCUUGAAAAGCCCAGUGGCCUCUUUGCUCAACACCAGUGGAGUAGUAAUGGAACCUCAGUUUUUCUGGGAGAUAGUGAGGACCAAAACUUCACUGAUAAAAACCUAAAGCCCGACAGCCGAUACAUUUACAAGUUGGAAGCCUCAACUGGAAGUGGUAGCAGUCCCAAAGAUGGUUAUAUUGUGGAAACACCUAUGCACACCCCUAAAGAAAUCCAACCGCCAUAUAAUAUCACAGUAAUUGGACCUUACUCCAUAUUUGUGGCCUGGAAUUCACCAGGGAUCCUUACCUCCAAAGUGCCCACUGAGUACAACGUCUUACUCAAUGCUGGAAGUCCAGCACCUCUGAGUUCCUCUGCUGGUCAUCACCAGUCCUUCCUUCUGGAAAAUUUGGCUCCAUUCACACAGUAUGAGAUAAGGAUCCAAGCAUGUCAAAAUGGAGGUUGUGGAAUUAGUGAUAGGAUGUUUGUCAAAACAUCUGAAGCUGUCCCAAAGGAUCUAGACGCCCCUGUUCUCAAAGCACUGGGAUCAGCUUGCAUAGAAGUUAAAUGGACGCCACCAAAAAAACCAAAUGGAGUCAUCACCAACUACUUCAUUCACAGACGUCCUGCUGGUGUGGAAGAGGUGUCCCUUUUGUUUGUCUGGUCAGAAGGAGUCCUUGAAUUUACCGAUGCCACAGAUACUCUGAGACCUUUCAUGCUCUAUGAAUAUCGGGUCAGAGCCCACAACUCCAUGGGCUCGGUGGAGAGUACGUGGUCAUCAGCGUGGACUCUGGAAGCCCCACCUCAGGACCUGCCAGCACCCUGGGCUCAGGCUACCAGUGCUCAUUCAGUCCUGCUUAACUGGACAGAGCCCACAUCUCCCAGUGGCAUCAUCUCCCAGUACCAUGUAAUCUACCAGGAGAGACUAGAUGACCCGACAGUCAAUGUCUCUCCUAUGCGUGCCUUCACAGUUACGGGAACAAGUCAUCAAGCCCACCUAUUUGGGUUAGAACCAUUUACAACAUAUCAUAUUGGGGUUGUGGCUGCAAACCAGGCAGGAGAAGUUUCAAGCCCCUGGACUCUGGUUCAAACCCAGGAAUCUUCCUCAAGUGGACUGAGAAACUUCACAGUUGAACAGGAGGACAACGGCCGGGCAUUGUUCCUGCAGUGGUCAGAGCCGGUGAGAACCAAUGGUGUGAUUAAGGCCUACCACGUCUUCAGGGACAGCGUGCUGGAGUACUCCGGCCUGAAGCGUCAGUUCCUCUUCCGACGCCUUCACCCCCUCACACUCUGCACGCUGACCCUGGAGGCCUGCACGGGGGCAGGCUGUGCACACGCGGCGCCCCAGCCUUCACGGAUGGGGGAAACCCCUCCCCGCUCCCAGGUGGCUCCUGCCGUGCAGUCUGUGGGGCCCACCAGUGUGGAGCUGAGCUGGACUCAGCCUGUCAACCCAAACGGAAAGAUCCUUCGCUAUGAAGUGAUGCGCAGAUGCUUCAAGGAAGUAGCUGGGGGGAAUUCGACAAUCCCAGGGGAGGAAAAGAUAGUUUUCACAGAAUAUAAUACUGAAAGGGAGACCUUUAUGUAUAAUGAUACAGGUUUGCAGCCAUGGACUCCAUGUGCAUAUAAAAUCUAUGCUUGGAAUUCAGCAGGCCAGACCAGUGGCUCGUGGACUAUGGUAAGGACAAUGCAAGCACCCCCAGAAGGUCUUUCUCCACCCAAGAUAACUUACGUGUCUGCGAAUCCCAACAAGCUGCUGAUUUCCUGGAUCCUUCCAGAACAAUCUAAUGGUGUCAUCCAAACCUACAGGCUUCUAAGGAAUGGGGUGCUCCUUCCUUUCAGCUUUGAUGCUAUGACUUUUAAUUACACUGAUGAGGAGCUGAUUCCCUUUUCCACAUAUAGCUACGGGCUCAGAGCCUGCACCAGGGGAGGCUGCACCACCAGCAGCCCUGCCAACAUCACUACCCUGGAGGCUGCUCCAGCUGGGCUCAGCCCUCCAGCUUUUCAGGUCAUUGGGGCUACCCAAAUAAAUGUAUCUUGGUCCCCACCAUCAGUUCAAAAUGGAAAUAUCAUAAAAUAUUUACUACGGUGUGAUGGUACAGAGUAUCCAGCAGAGCAGGGCCUGACCCUGCUGGUCUCCCAGCUGCAGCCUCACACUCAGUAUAACUUCUCGCUAGUGGCCUGCACGCUUGGGGGCUGCACAGCUAGCGAGCCCCAGUCUGCCCGGACCAUGGAGGCCCCCCCUCAGUACAUGGACCCCCCGAGAUUGCAAGUCACAGGUUCAGCAUCCAUAGAAAUCACCUGGAACCCUCCCAGAAAUCCAAAUGGCCAGAUCACAGGUUAUGAACUGUGGCGGAAUGGAGCCCUGGUGUACACUGGUCUGGGCACUCACUAUCAUGAUUUUACUCUUGCCCCGGGCAUGGAGUACGGCUACACAGUGGCCGCCAGCAACAGUCAAGGGAGUGUCUUGAGUCCAGUCGCCAAAGAGCAAACCAGCACCUCAGCACCCUCAGGCCUGGAACCCCCCAAACUGCAGGCCAAGGGUCCUCAUGAGAUCAUGGUGACCUGGGACCCUCCACUGAGGACAAAUGGCCAGCUCAUCAACUAUACCCUCUUCAUCCAUGAGCUGCUGGAAAGAGAAACAAAAGCCAUACACACAAACUCAACUCAGGAGCCUGCAGGCACACAGUCGCUAGUAGUGAGCCAACUGAAGCCAUUUCACAGGUAUGAAGUCCGAAUUCAAGCUUGCACCAGUCUGGGGUGUGCCUUGAGUGACUGGACAUCCACACAGACCCCCGAGAUUGCACCACUGCUGCAGCCACCCCCUCAUCUAGAGGUCCAGAGGACUCCAGGGGGAUUCCAGCCCUUGGUCUCCCUCCUAUGGUCGGGACCCCUUCAGCCCAAUGGAAAAGUUUUGUAUUAUGAAGUGUACAGAAGGCAAGUAGCAGCACAGCCUGAAAGAUCAACUCCCGUGCUGACCUAUAAUGGAAGUGCCAGCUCUUAUGUGGACUCAGAACUCCUGCCUUUCACGGAGUAUGAGUAUCAGGUCUGGGCUGUGAAUUCAGCAGGAAAAACCGCCAGUAGCUGGACAUGGUGUAGAACUGGGCCAGCACCCCCAGAAGGACUCGGGGCCCCCAAGUUCCAUGCAGUCAUGUCCACCCAAGCAGUGGUGAACUUCAGCACCCCCAGGACACCCAACGGGAUCAUCAGUCUCUACAGGUUGUUCUCCAACACCAGCGGGGUGGAGACCGUGCUGUCUGAAGGCCUGGCCACCCAGCAGACCCUCCGCAGCCUGCAGCCCUUCACUACCUACUCUGUUGGUGUGGAGGCCUGUACCUGUUUCAACUGCUGCAGCAAAGGCCCAACAGCCCAGCUGAGAACUCGGCCUGCUCCACCGUCUGGACUGUCCCCCCCUCAAAUAAAGACACUGGCCUCCAGGACAGCUUCCUUCCAGUGGAGUGCCCCCCUGUUCCCCAAUGGUAUCAUUCAAAGCUAUGAGGUCCAGCUCUACCCGGCCUGUCCCCACGAGUCAGCCACUGCUUGUGCUCCCAGCCAGCCAGAGACCAAGUACGUAGGGACUGGGCAGAGCGCCAGUCUUGGGGGACUUCAGCCCUUCUCCACCUACAAGGUGAGGAUGGUGGCCCACAACGAGGUGGGCAGCACCGCUUCCGAAUGGAUCAGCUUCACCACCCGAAAGGAAGUACCACAGGUUCGAGCCCCGGUAUGGGUGGACAGCAAUGUAUCGAUGGUGUGUGUGAACUGGAGUGGCACUUUCCUUCCAAAUGGCCGGCUGAAGGAGUUCGUGCUAACAGACAGAGGGCAGCGCCUGUACAGUGGCCUGGACACCACCCUCUGUAUUCCAAGGACUGCGGACAAAACCUUUCUCUUCCAGGUGACCUGUGUUACAGAUGAAGGAAGCGUGAAGACACCUUUGAUCCGAUAUGAUGCCUCUGCUGGAUUUGGUCUGGUGCCUACAACUCCUGGAGAAAAGAGGGGAUCAGGGCACAAGAGCAGAGAAUUCUACAGCGAGUUAUGGUUCAUAGUGUUGAUGGCAAUGCUGGCCUUGAUCUUGUUGGCCAUUUUCCUGUCCCUGAUACUACAAAGAAAAAUCCACAAAGAACCAUACAUCAGAGAGAGACCUCCCUUAGUGCCUGUUCAGAAGAGGACAUCUUCACUAAGAGCCUACCCACCUGGGGAAACCCAAAUGGGACUAGCAGAUACCAAAAUCCCCCGAUCGGGGACACCGGUGAGUAUCAGGACUAGCAGGAGCUUUUCUGUACUGCGGAUCCCAAGUCAGAGCCACAUCAGCCAGACCUACUCCCAAGACUCCCUCCACCGCAGCAUCAGCCAACUUAUGGACAUUCAAGAUAAGAAAGUGCUGAUUGACGACUCACUGUGGGAAACCAUCAUGGGCCACGAUAGUGGAUUGUAUGUGGAUGAAGAGGACCUCAUGAACGCCAUCAAGGGUUUCAGCUCAGUGACAAAAGAACACACCACCUUCACCGACACCCAUCUGUAAAUGAUGGAAACCUGUAAGACGAAA